CAGCACUCGUGGAAGUCGCCUUAUACGCCGGCAUUUACGGUAGUCCUCACGACUGUAAUGGAGCCCAUCCAUUACGGCUGUAAGGCCUUAUGGUCAUCAAAUGGGUUGAUUGACAUGAUUUUGCUUGAAACUUGAUUUUACUUCUUUUUUUUUUUUUUUGCGUUGGUUGUUAAAAGGAACGUUGCGCUCAUUAAGCAAACUCAUUUCCUGCUGUGCUACAGUUUUGCUGAAAAUUGGAAGUGCCGGUUUUGAGUAAAACAUGGUCACGUGACUACAAAAUCGGCGGUGAAGGCGGCCAUGUUGCUGAGCGUCUGAAGUGCAGGUCACAUGACUGCAGAGCCUCUGAUCUGGGCCACAAGUUCCCUGUUUCCGGAAAUAUAAACAAACUGGAAACACCUGUGAUGGAUUUCAAAAGUAAGCCACUGCUGCUCCCCAAGAAAGGAGCCAACCACAUCAAGAUGAAGCCGGUCCCUGAGAUCCUGGGGAAUCCCACCGGAAGGCCCCCCAGCUGUGAAGUGAGCCGAGAGUGCUCUGUUUACCUGGGCAAGGCCCACCUUUCCGCCACACUACAGGACGAUGUCGUGCCGAAAUACAACGGCCGCGACGGCCUCCCCUACAUCCCUGUGGAGAAGCUCCAAGACCUCACCUCCCGCGUCUUCAACGGGGAGUCGGGAGCGCAGGAGACCAAACUGCGCUUUGAGUCUCAGGAGGGCAAGGAGACUGGGACGCCCCCCAACACUACCCCGGCCAAAAACGGCUCACCCGAAAUUAAACUGAAAAUCACUAAAACGUACAUGAACGGGAAGCCUCUCUUUGAAUCCUCCAUCUGUGGCGACGGCGUGCUGGAGGCCGCUCAGGCGGAGCCCAACCCGGCCAACAAGGAGAAGCGGAGCAGGAAGAGGAGCAUCAAGUACGACUCCCUACUCGAGCGGGGCUUCGUAGAAGCGGCGUUGCUGUCUGGGUCGUCCGGUUCCUCCUGCGACAAGUUUUCUGCUCAAGAAGACUCACCUAUGGCGGCCGAGAAGGAGGACCGGACGCAGGCCCUGAAGUACGGCGUGGGAGACGUGGUCUGGUCCAAGGUGUCCGGCUAUCCGUGGUGGCCUUGCAUGAUCUCCGCUGACCCUCUUCUCCAUCACUUCACCAAGCUCAACGGACAGAAAAAGAGUUUUCGCCAGUAUCACGUACAGUUUUUUGGGGAUGCGCCAGAACGAGCCUGGGUGUUUGAAAAGAGCCUUGUAAUGUUCAAAGGAGAGGAGCAGUUUGAGCAAUUGUGUCAGGAAAGCGCAAAGCAUUCCAUUAACAAAGCAGAGAAAAUAAAGAUGUUAAAACCGGUUUCAGGAAAACUGCGUCCCCAGUGGGAGAUGGGGGUCAAGCAGUCCAAAGAUGCCUUGUCCAUGUCCGUGGAGGAAAGGAAAGCUAAGUACACCUUCAUUUACGUCAGGGGCAGGCCGGUCCUCAACCCCCAAGUGGCGAAGGAAGCCGGACUCGUAGUUAAGUCUUUGGAAGAGAUGGAUAAAAUUUAUUUGGACGAAGACCUUUCUCAGACUCUGAAAUCGAGCAAAGAAUACGACGUCCCAGCCAAAAGGGGGAGAAGGACCAAGUCGCUUUGCGCAAGUGAUUCGGAAGACUUCAGCCCCAGGCCUGUCCAGGGCCCCCCUUCCGGAAAAUAUCUGGAGGAGAGAGAAGCCAGAGGAGGCACGGGGGGGUCCCCUUUCGGUAGGAAGAAAGCGAUUGCCUACGCUCCCCGAAACCGAAAGAGCGAUGGGGUCCCCCAGUUCCUGGUGUUUUGUCAGAAGCACCGAGAUGAGGUGGUCUCUGAGCAUCCCGAUGCCUCGAGCGACGAAAUAGAAGAGCUGCUGGAGUCACAGUGGAACAUGCUAAGCGAAAAACAGAAAACACGCUAUAACACAAAAUUUGCCCUAGUGACCUCUCCCAAAUGUGAAGAAGACACUGGUCCGGCCGCGAGGAGCUUGAGCAAGGCCACACGUAAAGUCUUUCAAGGAUCACGUAAACGAAGACCAAGAUCCAGAAGUAACUUAUAUGGAAAUAAAAGGAAACCUGUAAAGAGGACAAGGAAACCCACGGAAGAUUUUGAAGUUCAAGAAGCAUCUAGAAAAAGGCUGAGAAUGGAUAAGAAGAACUAUCAGAAGAGAGAGAGGAGCAAUGACAAAAUGGCAAAAACAAACUUGGCUAAAGUCACAGAAACCUCACAAAAGAAGCCGUCAGGUCUGUCCGAUGCAUAUAAGCCAUUGAAGAAACGAAAUCGGGCCCCGGGACCAGACUCUUCGCAUCUCCCUUAUAGCAAAAGUUCAUCUCCUUCAGCGUCCUUAACUGAGAAUGAGAUUUCAGAUGGUCCGGGAGACGAGAGGUCAGAGUCUGCCUAUGAAAGCGCCGACGAGGGUCUCGGGGAGGCUUCUCAGCUGUCCAAGAAGUCGGACCGAGGGGCCACAGCCCGGAAGGAGUACGUCUGCCAGGUCUGCGAGAAGCCCGGGGAGCUGCUGCUGUGUGAAGGACGCUGCCUGGGGGCUUUCCACGCCAGCUGCAGCGGCCUCUCCGGACGACCCAAGGGGCGCUUCAGGUGCAGCGAAUGCACUUCAGGGCUCCACGCCUGUUUUGUCUGCAAGGAGAAGCAGUCGGAGGUCAAGCGCUGUGCCGUCUCUCACUGCGGAAAGUUUUAUCACGAGGCCUGCGUGAAGAAAUCCCCCCUCACCGUGUUUGAGAACCGGGGCUUUCGCUGCCCUCUGCACAGUUGCGAGAGUUGUCACAUUGCCAACCCCUCCAACCCCAAAGUGUCCAAAGGCAAAAUGAUACGGUGCAUUCGCUGUCCGGUGGCUUACCACGUGGGCGACAAUUGUGUGGCUGCCGGUUGUGCCAUGCUUUCCUCCAGCAGCAUUGUGUGUACCAACCACUUUACUGCCACAAAGGGGAAAAGCCACCACGCUCAUGUGAACGUCAGCUGGUGUUUUGUGUGCUCAAAAGGGGGAAGCUUGUUAUGUUGUGAGUCUUGUCCUGCUGCGUUUCAUCCCGACUGUCUAAACAUUGAAAUGCCAGACGGAAGCUGGUAUUGCAAUGACUGCAAAGCAGGGAAAAAAAUCCAUUUUCAAGAUAUCAUUUGGGUCAAACUGGGAAAUUACAGGUGGUGGCCAGCCGAAGUCUGCCAUCCCAAAAACGUCCCCCCAAAUAUCCAGAAAAUGAAGCACGAGAUUGGAGAAUUCCCUGUGUUUUUCUUUGGCUCUAAAGAUUACUACUGGACCCAUCAGGCCCGCGUGUUCCCCUAUAUGGAAGGAGACCGGGGAAGUCGGUACCAGGCCAUUAAAGGGAUCGGGAAAGUCUUCAAAAACGCUUUGCAAGACGCGGAAACACGCUUCCGGGAGAUAAAAUUUCAGCGGGAAGCCAAAGAAACUCAAGAAAACGAACGCAAACCUCCCCCUUACAAACAUAUCAAGGUCAACAAGCCCUUUGGGAAGGUCCAGAUCUAUACGGCGGACAUCUCAGAGAUCCCCAAGUGCAACUGCAAGCCUUCGGACGAGAACCCCUGCGGCCUGGACUCCGAGUGCCUGAACCGGAUGCUGAUGUACGAGUGCCACUCGCAGGUCUGCCCGGCUGGAGGGCGCUGCCAGAACCAGUGCUUCAGCAAGCGCCAGUACCCGGAGACCAAGAUCAUCCGGACGGAGGGCAAGGGCUGGGGCCUGGUCGCCAAGAGGGACAUUAAGAAGGGCGAGUUUGUGAACGAGUAUGUGGGCGAAGUGAUUGACGAAGGGGAAUGCAUGGCGAGGAUCAAAUACGCUCACGAAAACGACAUCACGCACUUUUACAUGCUCACCAUUGAUAAGGACCGCAUAAUUGACGCCGGGCCGAAAGGCAACUAUUCUCGCUUUAUGAAUCACAGCUGCCAGCCGAACUGCGAGACCCUGAAGUGGACGGUGCAUGGCGACACCCGAGUAGGCUUGUUUGCGGUGUGUGACAUUCCCACAGGAACAGAAUUAACCUUCAACUACAAUCUGGAUUGCCUGGGCAAUGAGAAGACAGUGUGCAAGUGUGGGGCUCCCAACUGCAGCGGCUUCCUUGGGGACAGACCGAAGAAUUCAUCCUCCAACGCCUCAGAAGAGAAAGGAAAGAAGACCAAAAGAAGGGCAAGGAGACGCAAAACGAAAAAUGAAGCUAGGAAAAAAACGGAGGACUACUGUUUCCGCUGCGGAGAUGGAGGGCAGCUUGUCCUGUGUGACCGGAAGUCCUGCACCAAGACCUAUCACCUCUCCUGCCUCGAUCUGGUAAAACGUCCCUUCGGCAAGUGGGAGUGCCCUUGGCAUCACUGCGACGUUUGUGGCAAGCCCUCCGUUUCCUUCUGCCACUUCUGCCCCAAUUCCUUCUGCAAGGAUCACCAAGAGGAGGCCCUGCUGGAGUGCAACCGGAGCGGAGAGUGGUUUUGCCCUGACCACCCCGGGGAGAACUUCACGGAGAAGAAAGCCAAACGGCCUCCCAGGAAACUGAUUUCGGUCAAAUGUAAAGGGCAAAGGAACAAGUGGAAGAGGACAUAAUGUUGAGAGGAACAGACUCCCCCCCCCCCCGCCAGUCCCACUGCCAAGGUUGUCUUGUAAAUAAGUUGUGAAUAGGAUCAGGGAAGGACACCCAUUUACUACACAUCUUGCGCAAGAACUGGCUUUGGGGGCGAACGAUUUUUAACCGACUGAGCCAACCCCGCAGCUGGGCGCCCGCUGCAUCUGCACUGAUCAUGAACUCUGGCCUGCCAAGUUCAGACAUUUCAGGACAAACCAGGUUUUCUCUCCAGAAAUAAAUAAUGAGAAUACUUGAACUGUUAGGAAUGGAACAGUUCUUCCUUCCCCGGUGCUUCCUGAACGGAGGUGUGUUGAUUUUUCGGCCAGCGACGGCGUAUAUGGACGGUCUCGUAGCCUUUGAAAUAGUAAUCACCCCUCGGAAAUGUUUAAAUAGAGGGAGAAAAAGAGAGAGAGAGAGCUCGACUAGCUUUUGAAGCCCAACGUGAUGAGGAGAUCCGCUCAACAGGAUUGCAUUAAAUAAGAGGGUGGGGGAGGGGGGAAUGUGGUACCAUGGCUUUUGAUUUUAUUGUUUUAAUUGUAACAACAUUCAAGACGCUGAAGACAAGGAAGCAGCACACCUCUUGAACCCGUGGCAAGCUUUGGAAGAAGAGUCCAGUCAACUGUGCCUCAGGUCAACUGUUUAGUUCCCAUAAGCAAAAAAGGGGAAAAAAAAUGCAUUACCAGUGUCCUCCUUUAAAUGGAUAUUAAAAUCUGUGCCCAAUUUUUAGAUCGUAUUUGCAUAAUAAAAGUAUUUCAAAAUCGAA